CUUUUGGCCAAUUUUUCACGCGAAACAAAGCCGCGAGCUCGUAACGAGCGGUAGAAACGUUAAUUUGGCCCCGCUGAAGAAGUUAAACCUCCGAGACGAGUCCUCAAAAAUAUCAGAUUACGCUGAGACCACCUCGGCGAGGGGCCAGAGGCCGCGCCGAGUCCUGCGUGUCCUCGAUCUCGGUGGCCCUGCAUCCGUUGAGAUGUUUCAGCUAGUCGGUGUAUUUGUUGGAGCUAAGACUCUACUCGGAAACUUACCGAAUAUCUUCGAUUUUAAAAUUGACCGAGAGUUCGUGCCACUGAUUAUUCAGAACCUCUCAAGGACACCGUACAAACGAAUCACGGCCAACUAUAUAGAGCAAUAAAUUAUAUUAUAUAUUGCAUCCACCAUGACUACAUCAUCAGAAGAUGUGCUGAUGCAAGUAGGACAGGUCCGGUACAAGAAAGGCGACGGUACAUUAUACGUAAUGAACGAACGAAUAGCUUGGAUGUUCGAUAACAGGGAUACCGUAGCUGUCAGCCACAAAUAUGCUGACAUUAAAUUACAAAAGAUAUCACCUGAAGGAAAAUCAAAAAUACAGUUACAACUAGUACUACAUGAUGGCUCUUCUUCAACUUUCCACUUUGUAAACAGGAACGGACAAGAAGCACAGAUUAAGGACCGUGAUGAUGUUAAAGAAUUGUUGCAGCAACUUCUACCUAAAUUCAAAAGGAAAGUUAAUAAAGAGUUGGAAGAGAAGAACAGGAUGCUUCAAGAAAAUCCUGGUCUUCUGCAGCUUUACCGUGACCUGGUUAUAACACAGGUUGUCUCCUCGGAAGAAUUUUGGGCUCAACAUGCUGCAGAGUAUACUCAAGCAAAGAAAAGUCAACGUCAGGAAAUUGGUGUUAAUAGUGCCUUUCUCGCUGACAUCAAACCGCAGACUGAUGGUUGCAAUGGACUGAAGUAUAACCUUACCGUCGACAUAAUAGAAUGUAUAUUCAAGACUUAUCCUGCUGUUAAGAGAAAGCAUCAAGAAAAUGUGCCUCACAAAAUGUCGGAGUCCGAUUUCUGGACAAAGUUUUUUCAGUCGCACUAUUUUCAUCGUGACCGCAUCAAUACAGGGACCAAGGAUCUAUUUACCGAAUGUGCCAAAAUAGAUGAUCAGGAGCUCAAGAAGGACAUUCAGACUGGAAUCAAUGAUCCUCUGGUAGACAUAAGUUCCUUUGAGGAUAAGACGCUAGACGAGAACUAUGGAUCUGGAGUAGGAAAGGCUGAUAAGCCUUCAGGAAAUAUAGUGCAUCAAAGUAUGAUUAAGAGAUUCAAUCAACACAGCAUUAUGGUCCUUAAAGCUAGCACUGCCAAACCACCUGUGCCACCUUCCCAACUGCAGUUAAAUGGUUCAUCGCCAUCUGCGAGUAAGACACCAGGAACCCACCAGUCAAAUGAUCAACCAAAGACUAAAAAACUUAGAAUACAGGAGAAGCUAGUGUACGACGAUUUGGAUGCCAGCCGUGAUGUGAACGCAAACGCUGGCGUGCCACUUAACCUUUCUCACAUUGACAGAUACUUGCACGGACCUGUGCCAGGAAGUGGUAAUGUCGAGGUGACAGUCGAUGAGUUUCAUGCAACAUUGAACCAAGUCAGGAGAGAAGCGGCUAACUGGACAACUGGUGCCAAUUUGCCAAGACAAGCAGCCACAUCGUUGGUUAGUCCAGCUGCCGCUGUGUCAGCGUUAGGGGAAUUAACACCUGGUGGAGCUUUAAUGAAAGGCUUUCGAGAAGACAGCCUUGGUCAAUUAAUACCAAAGGAUCUCGAAAAGGAACUACGUAAUGUUUAUGUCUGUACAUGCGAAUUGUUAAGGCAUUUUUGGAAAAGCUUUCCUCCAACUACCCCUCAGCUGGAGGAGAAGGCUGUUCGAAUGCACGAAGCCUUGCACAGGUUUCAUUCAGCUAAACUUAAACCAUUUGAGGACCGAGUUCAAAGGGAAUUCUCAGCCGUCAGUCAACACUUGACGAGUCAUUUAAAUCAGCUGCUUAAUACCGCCUACAGGAAGUUCGCGGUUUGGCAGCAGCGAAAGAUGCAGAUGAGGUAGCCAACGUUCAACCUGUCUUAGAGUCGUGAAGCAAGUAUAUUGAUGAAAAUAAACGGAGCAAUAUUGAAGAUACUGAAGAAUAUUGCGUUUUGAAGUGUUACCGUAAUUAGGUGUCAAGAUACGUGGGUGUCAUUUCGCCAAAGCCAAAGUCGGGUUACACAGACAAUUGCACCCCCGAAUGCUGCUGUAUCAAUUGCUUAUUUAUUAUUUAGCCUGUAUUCUUGAUCGUGGAUCCCGAUCGGUUUUGGACUUGUCUCUGUGAUUUGUGAUCACAACUGAACUCAUUCAAGAUGCUGUAUACUUUUACAUAAGGACAGUUUUAGUAGUUUAUUUAUUGUUCAGUUCCUUAAGGA